AUGUCGAAAGGUGUGGCAAACUUAAAUUCAGCAGUUGUCAACAGUUACUUUCCUGCGAGCGGUGCUGUAUGGAUAACUAUGGCAUAUGUGGUUAUCUUCGUCUUCGGCUUCUUUGGUAACAUCUGUAUCAUUUACAUUGUGGUUUCUCGUAAACAGAUGAGGACCAAAUUCAAUUUCUUAAUUGUAAAUAUGGCAGUUGGAGAUCUACUUGUUUCUCUCUUCGUUAUGCCGUUUGAGGUGAAAUAUCUUUACAUUGGCCUGGCAUGGAUUCCAGGGGCAAUGGGAAAAGUCACGUGCAAGCUUGUUGGGUUCCUGAGGAUCUUGUCAGUCGCUGUCAGCAUCAUAACACUUGUCUUCAUUACAGUGGAUCGUUACUUCGCCAUUCUUCAUCCACUUCGAGAUAUGCGUUUCAUUCGAAACACAAAACUAGUCACUGCUGUGAUAUGGAUCUUGUCUUCCCUGUUUUUCUUGCUGUAUCUCUUGCUUUAUGACGUUGUAAAGAGUGCUGAUGGCUUUCAUUGGGAAUGCACAAUGGUUUGGAAUUUCUUUUCCUCAGACAUGAGUGUCCAGUUUUCCAUUAGGAGAGCCUGUUUCAUGACCAUGUUCUUGAUACUGUAUUUGGUUCCUAUUGUUGUCAUAGCAUGGGUUCAUAUUCUUAUUGCUCGACAUGUUUGUUCACGCCAGAUCCCAGGGGAGCCGACAGCCCAUCAGCGACAUCAAAAUGAACUGUCCAAGCGCAAGGUACUACGCAUGAUCAUCAUCGUGGUGGUGACGUUUGCGCUGUGUUGGUUGCCAGCUCACAUCCAGCAUUUACUGUUGUCCUAUUUUACCAACACUUAUAGAGCUUUGCUCAAAGUUGAACAUCUGGAAUCCAGUUUAUAUUUUCUAGCACACGCCAAUAGUGCCAUAAAUCCUUGUCUGUUUAUUGGUUUAAACCAAAGAUUCAACAAUGAGUUCAGGGGAAUUCUCAGAUGUCUUUUUUGCCGAAAUCCCGUUCCCACGAGAAGAAGCAUUGGCACAGAACCACCCAUUGUUCUAACUCGCAUACGAAAGACUGUACGUCAAUGUAAUAACACUGUUAUCCCUCUUCGCAAUCAACAGCGUCCACGGUCUCAGAGCUGUAUGUUUUGAAUCUUCAAUUUUUGGCCACGAGUUAGACAAUACGAUAA